AUGAGGUUACACAGUAGUAUCUUAAUACUUCUCUGUACAACCAAUUUGGUAAUAUCUUUUGUUGUCCUUCCAUACAUCCAAAUUGACUAUGCACAUCUCAUCCGAGUUGCUCAUUGCAAGGCAAAGUGUUCAGAGAAGUAUGGCUACCCAAAAACAAGAGAAAACCUUGACGGUUCGAUCGACGAGUACUUCUUCGUUGAUACUGAAGAAUAUUCAAAAUGCGAAAAUGGUUGCCUUCAAUUUCAACACAGACGUGAUAUGAAAAGAAGCAAUCUGACUGGAGAGACUCUUCAAGGAGCAAAGUUUUGGCUGGAAUCCACUGCUCAUUCUGGAAAAGUUGGAUCUUCCCCAGUCUCUACAAUUGAGUUACUGUGCCAGAUGCCAUCAGCAACACCUGAUUUGGACGACUCGUUUGAGGGACUCCUUGGCCUCACAAAAGUUCGUCCAUCUGGCCCGGUACAGUACGUUGUGCAAUGGAAGCAGAGAACUUAUGCCCUUGGAUACUAUGAUGAAAGUCAAUGGAUUACGGCAUCGGUGGAAUCCGAUGGUAUGAUCAAAGUUGAUGGAAUGAUUCCUGGAGUACAAUACAAGUUUCUCGUUACUGUAGUUGGACCAGCUGGUAAACUUGGUGACACGAUUCAGAGUGAAUGGACUGAAAUUUCCAACACACUAACUGUAAAGGCUCCUGGAGCACCAUUGAUUGUGAAAAACGGAUUCAAUUCUGAGCAAGGAGUAGUCGCUCAUCUUCAUUUCCCGAGAACCGCAUAUGACAGUUGCUAUUUCCGGCUACAAGUGAAAAACGCAACAAAUUCUGUGGUCUCGGAUCUUCGUGUGGAUCCGACAUACUCGAUUCUUUUGUCUCAUUUGGAGUUUGAUUCAUCUUAUGCUGUCACACUUUCUGCUCUCUCGUCGGAUCAGAACACUGCCACGAAUCCAAUUUCUGUUAGAUUCAACUCAUUCCAAUGCAAACAAGUCUACGGAAAAGGAAGUCUUCAAUGUGCCCCGGAACCAGUUUCAAAUAUCCGUGUAGCUAUUGAAGCCAACUCGACUGCUCAAAUCACAUGGACAGCCUCUGCUGAACCUGAAAACAUCCUGACCUACGCCAUCACCUACCAAGCAUACCUCGGACCAUGCAACAAAGAUCCAACAACUGUAUACCUGGGAGCACCAUCCACAAGUUAUGAGAUGUUACUGCCACGCAACGUUCACUGCGAGUUUAUGUUCCGUAUCACGAACUAUGACGCAAUAGGUCGAGAAGCGUUUGCUGAGACGAGAAUUGCUGUAAUGCAGGAGAGACUGAUCAGCUCUUCAUUCACUGUUCCACUGAUUGCAAUUGGAAUUUCUUUCGCCUUCCUGAUCCUGGCUGUUUGCUGUUUUGCAGUUUGUAGAUGUUGCAACAAGUGUCCUGUUAAAGUCUCCGAGAACAAAGCUAAACUCACGGAUUAUGCCUAA